GUCACGGGCUGGUUCCUACCGCUUUGGGCCGCAGUUUGGUUUGAAGAGGACAAACAUCCACCUACCAAAUAAAAAAAAGAAAAAGAAAAAUCCCCGCCGCACGACUUUUUCCCCCCCAACAGAUCAUCAGCUGCUGGAUCAUCCAACGUCCACACGAUGGGAAACUGUCAGCCCACGAUCGUGCACUAUGAGGAUUUUGAUGUUGUAGCCGACAUCAAGGCCAUCCGCAAAGCCUGCAAAGGCCUGGGAACGGAUGAACAGGCCAUUAUUGACAUCCUGGCAAACCGCAGUUCUUAUCAGCGCCAGGAAAUUAAACAGGCCUAUUUUGACAAGUAUGACGAUGAGUUGGUGGACGUGCUGAAGAGCGAGUUGUCUGGAAACUUUGAGAAGGCCAUCCUCGCCAUGUUGGACCCGCCCGUCAUCUACGCCGUGAAGGAGCUGAGGAAGGCCAUGAAGGGAGCGGGCACUGAUGAAGACGUCCUGGUGGAAAUCCUCUGCACCGCCACCAACGCUGACAUCGCACUGUUCAAGGAAUGCUACUUUCAGGUGCAUGAAAGGGAUCUAGAAGCAGAUAUCGAGGGAGAUACAAGCGGGGAUGUAAGAAACCUCCUCAUGGCUCUUUUGGAGGGCAACAGAGAUGAGAGCUACGACGUGGACGACGAUCUGGCUGAACAAGAUGCUACUGCCUUGUUUGAGGCCGGCGAGGGUUGUUUUGGGACAGAUGAGUCCACCUUCAGCCACAUCCUGGCCUCCAGGAAUUACCUGCAGCUCCAGGCCACCUUCAAGAUUUACGAGCAGCUCUCUGGAACUGAAAUACUGGAUGCCAUCGAGAAUGAGACUUCUGGGACACUGAGGAAGUGCUACAUCGCUCUUGUGAGAGUCGCUAAGAACCCUCAGCUCUACUUUGCCAGGCGUCUUCACAAGGCCAUGAAAGGAGCGGGCACUGAUGAGGACACCCUUAUACGUAUCAUCGUGUGUCGCUCUGAGUAUGACUUGGAGACCAUCAAGGACAUGUACCUGGAGAAGUAUGAUGUGUCUCUGAAGGACGCCCUGAAGGACGAGUGCAGCGGCGACUUUAAACGUCUCCUCGUGGCUAUCUGCCACUGAGGGCCGGAGAGGCGGGCGGUGGCGAAGGUGGAGGACAGAGACAGCGGAGUACGUUUAUACCGAGAGCACUGCUGUUUUCUGUCUAACCAACUAACACUACACAGUCUCUCCAUGUGACAUUAUGUCGUAGAGCAGGAGGGUGGAAGUGAUCAAAGAAUUAACUUGGCUCAUGUCUUGUCCAAACUGAGUUACUGUGAACGUGGUUGACUAACUUUUUAACUAAUUUUUUCCCACAGACAUUGAACUGGACUUAACCAGUGUGUGAAACCGUGUCUGUCGAACACUGCCCGUUUCUGAAUCCGUUUUUAGAUUCGGUUCUUAUAACAUCUUUUACCAGCAUUAACUGUGAGUAGCGGCCAGUCAUUUUCAGUCACUGGAAACAAGCACCAAAAUUUAUACAUUUCCAACGUUCACAGGAGCCAAUUGUGAUCACACGGAGGCAAUUUGACGGAGAGUUAUGUGAUCAGGUGGUUUGAGACCUGAUAGGAUAAUCACAUUAUAAGACAUGUUUUUACAAGUCAGCUAUAAGUGCGUUGUUCUGCUGAUGCACGUACUAACGCCGUGAGACAAUAGUGUUAUAUCAUUAUCAUCAUAUACGUAUUAUUGUUUCUGUUUUAGAUCAAGUAAUUCUUUGCUCUUUGGGCCAUUAUCUUUCACCCUCCUCGUCCUGAUCCACUUUACCGCUGUUUGAACUAAUGCAAUCACUCCGUGUGGCUUGAAAGUUUGUGAAAGAAGAAAUGUGAAAGUUUGUCAUGAAGGGAUUUGAGCUGAUGUCAUGAAGGCUAUGCAAUGUUAUGUGAAUGGAUUCCCUGAAUCGUCGUCACGGCUCAUUCACAAAAGAGAUUAUUGUAUUUUAUCAGUUGCUUAUUGAAAGAAAACUAUAUGUUGAUUUACAGUAUGUUGCAUUUUUUUAAAAAAAAUCCAGUACAACUAGAAAAACUUGACAAAUCCAAAUACACCUCACCUUGUUAUAUAUUUGUUUGUAUUGUAUGACUAACACAAUAGAGUGAUUAAUAUAUAGCAUUAUUUAGUUGCCAGUUGGAGGUCGGCCAGAGGUUAUAUGAGAGGAAAUCUUUUAAUGUGAGCUAAACAUUUAACACCUGGACAGUGAUGUCUGUCAUUUGUGUGUCUCUAUAAGGCAGCUUUGUUAACAUUACCACUGUUGCAAUCGUAUGGCAACAAGCCGAGCAGAUACUCAAGUGAACUGCAGGGCAUUCGAUGGUGACGUUGCUGUUGUCGUGGGAAUAUGGUGUUUGUCUCUCUAUAGCCAAAGAAGUUUAGUUUAACUGCAAAUAAAGUUCCCUAUAACGUCA